UUAGUCAACCCUACUUAUGGGUUCUAGAGACCUGAGAGCCACUACUAGGGUUCUGGGGUUUGCCGUUAGAAAUCGUUCGUCGCCGGCAGCAUCUAACAUGGUUCUACUCUGCAGCUCAAAGACCCCCAGGUUAUACUCUUUAAUAUUUUCCUCUCCAUUUGCUUCCAGAAACAAGAGAUUAGUGAUUGAAAAUGUAAAACCCUCACUUUCUUCUCUUCAAAACCAGUUGCUUUACAGACCCAUCACCUCAAAAAUCCCAGAAAACCAACACAAUUUCACCGUCGAUUACCUCAUAAGGUCAUGUGGGUUGUCCCCAAAAGCUGCAAUUUCAGCGUCCAAAAGGCUCGAAUUGCAAAACCCAGAAAGGGCAGACUCUAAUGUGGCUCCGAAUAUUGGGCUGUUGAGAGAAUUGGGUGUUUCCCGAUCAUGCAUUUCUCUGAUGCUAGCUCAAUGCACCCAAACUCUGAUGCUAAAGCCUGAAAAUUUUGGUAAAGUUGUGGAUGAGGUGAGGGCUAAGGGACUUGAUCUUGGAAAAGCGACUUUCAUGUUUGCACUACGCUCAUUGUCUGGUAAGAAUAGUAAGUUGAUAUGGGAUCGAAGUCGGGAAGUUUACGGGAGUUGGGGUUGGUCUGAGGAUGAUAUUCUCUUUGCUUUCAGGAAAAACCCGCAGUGUAUGAAUCUAUCUGAGAAAAAAAUAACGCUAGCAAUGGAUUUUUUUGUCAACAAGAUGGGAUGGCCAUCGGGACUACUCAUAAAGUGCCCAGCGGCUUUGUGCCUAAGUUUGGAGAAUAGAAUCAUCCCAAGGUGUUCAGUUGUUAAAGUUUUGUUAUUGAAAGGAUUGAUAAAUGAAAAUUUUAGCUUGAGUUAUGUGUUAUUGCCGGUGGAGAAGCAGUUCUUGGAGAGAUUUGUGACCAGAUACCUAGACCAAGUACCUCAACUGUUGAGUUUGUAUCAAGGGAAAGUUGAAAUCGAAGAUGUAUGACGUCCAUAAUGUUAAACUGGAUGAUAUUCUAACAGUUUUAGCCAUUUGAUUCUGUACCACUCACUUGUAGCAGCUAGCUUUCGGAGCUAUAUUGUAAGGUGUCGUUGGAUCAAUCUCAACAUCCACGAGGCUAGAAUGAGUGGGAGUAUUUGCCAGGAGUAAGUUGCAGGUGUCGUUGGAUCAAUCUCAACAGCUUAAAAAGAAAAAAGUCCCCUUACGUUACAACCAGAGGGGGAGAGAGAGAGAGAGUGAGAGGGCAACUUGGAGGAUAUCAGCAAGGUCUAUAUUUUGCGCAUAAUCUUCAGAGAGAGACCUGCACAUUGUCUGGUUUGCUUGCUUUCUUUCCCUUUUUGUUUUUUUUUCCAUUCGUAUUCGAAGUGUACAAAUAGAAACCGAAAUAGACUUCUCAUUUUUCAGACUUGAGUUGGUUUUCUUGUAUUUGUGGAGAUGAAAUUUCAUUCUUGGGUUUUCUUCUAUUAA